AAAAGCGCGAACUGAUGUGUCUCUCAGGCAAACUUAAGGGAGCUGCGCUCCGAGGCAGGUUGUGCGUGCCGAGCGUGUGCGACAUCCCGGCCCGGUCAGUCUGAGGUCUCCAAGCGAACACGGUGGCUCCCGCACGGGUGGCCGCAUGAUGCGGUGAGACCAGCCUGGAGGCUCAGAGAGCUGCUCGCACCGGUCCGGACGGUGCCGGGAUCGGGGCCCAUCCAGCCUUGUGCCGAGGAGGACCACGCAGUCAUCAUGAUUGACCUGAGCUACCUGACGGGGGAGGAGAGGGAGAGGAUCCUCAUGGUCCUCAACAGGGAUGAAGAACUCAAGAAAGUGGACGAGAAGCGAGUCAGGCAGCUGGAGAAGCAGCAGGACAAGGAGCGGCUCCGCUUCCUCACGGGACGGUGGUUUUACGAGGCCCUGUGGCAGAGAUACCGGGACAGGAACCACGGCUCCGACAUUAUCAAGGCGUCCUUGAUGGAAUCUGCGCAGUUCAAGAGCCCCAGCUUCGCCUUUCAAGGAAAUGAGGAUGUCCAGCUGAGUGCAGAACCUUCCGGAAGCCCCCGGUCAGAGCCAAGCAGCACAAGCAGAGAAACGAACACUAUUCAUCUGGAUUCCCUGCAACAACCAACUGUAAUAUUCCCGUCCCCAGCCAAGCAAAGACACAACCCAUUCAACGGUACAUCGCUGGAUCUGGACACGUCUAAGGAGAGCGGGAGCCAGAUGAGCAUCACUGUGGAGCCACUCAAGUCAUCAGAUGAGGAACUGUUAGUGACUCGCAAACCGGAUACGGAUUCCGGAGCUCCGGGUGCCAUCCAAGAUGCAGAAGUGGACCAGACCCCUGUGCCCAAAACACGGACAAUCAUAUACACGGCCCAGGCCUUCCUCCCCGAUUCUAAUGGCAUUUUCCCUGGGUUGGUUGAUGGGACUGAGCGGUACAGUGUCGGCGUACCGCGGUACAGCUCCAGCCCCCUCCCAGGCUCGGCCGGUGCCACUCGGGAGAACGAGGAUGCGACUGUCAUCAAUUUAAAUAAGAUACAAGUCAGAGUCUCUUCAUCUGCCGUCCCCACUAAACAUGCAAGUGUGGAAAAGGCCGAAAAAGAGGCGCAGCGGGAGCCUGACCUGCCGAACCCGGAAAGUUCCGCACUCUCAAAUAAAGCAGAGCUCGAAUACAAGAGAAGUCACGGAAACGAUGAAGGCACGGGAGCCGGUCCCUUCGGGGCCCCGGGGAGGCAGCAGGUGACAGGGGAGUCGGAGCCGAAGGUGCUGGAAGACCCCCCCUGGGCAGGUUUACACACAGUAAAUGAGAAUGGCACUCGAGUCCAGAGAGACGUCAGAGCCGGCAUGUUCUCCAGUUCAGUGGUGAUAAAUCAGGAGUUUGGAGACGAAGAAGAAUCUGUAGCAAAGGUCCUGGAGUGGUUCAGCAGGAGCUCCGAUGGCAGCGAUGACAUAAACAAGCACUUGCUCGUGCAGGACGUUGAUGAACCUGCUGAAGAUGCUCAGGCCCUGGCAGAAGUCUUCACUGAGUCAAGAGACCUGAUUUAUUUGAGCAGACCAGGCCCUCUUGAGACCUCACCACCAAAGAUACAGGCAGUGAUGUUAGAGAGAACCCGCAGCUCAGAGGACAAGGUCCUUGUUCCAGGAGCAGCUCUUGAAGAACCCAAGAUUCCAGGAGGAAAGGGUGAAUGUGACUUGAAAGCCUUUGGAAAAGAACCGGUGGUUGUGCUUCAGCCCUUCCGUUCCUUUCUCAACACGGAGAAGGCCUACCAACCCCAACGCCGCAUAUCUGCUGCUGAGAUAAAGCUGAGACAUCAGAAAGAAGGUGAAGGGAAUGCGGUAAAUAAAGACGUGCGCGAAAUAGAUGAAUCGGCCGGCUCAGCUCUGAGAGCUCAACGUGAAGUUCAACAACAAGCGGCGCAGGAUGAAAAACCCCCGCUGAAAAUUGAGAUGUUGAAGUCUUUCUGGGAGAAAGGAAGUAAUGGUCCCAAAAUACUGAUUAGCAGGUCAAAGACAGAUUUACACAAUGAAACCAAGAGCAAAGACCCUUCCCAGUCUGCUGGGACAAGUUCAUUACCAGAACACGUGAGACACAUACAGGAGACCCACGUUUCCAAACCGAAUCCCGUCAUUUACGAGAGCGAGGAGCAAUCUGUCGAUGAGCUAAGUGGUGUUGAUCCAGUGGCCGAGCAGACGAGCCUUUCCACCAUUUUAGUGGACGCCAACAGUAGCUCAGGUUGUGGUCCAGAUGCUGUUUCUGUUGCUACGUUCGAGGAGAACGCCUUGUUGGGUGGGCUGAAUGACCUCGAGAUGAAGAAUGUCAACAAUAGCUCUGUCUUCAACGCAGAAGGGCGCCCCACCAGUGCUUCCCCAGGUGAUAACUCUCAAGCUGGGAGGACCAAAGAGAUGGACCUUCCUGCCGCUGUCUCCUGGUCAUGGUAUGCGACACCCGUGCAGCAGACGAUGCCAGGGCCGCUCUUCAGACAGGGACUCGGUCCAACCGAAAACAAAGCUGGCAAGAUUGGACAUCUCAAGUCUUUCUGGGAGAAGGAAACAUUCGCACCCAAGAUUGUUAGAAUGUCAAUGGAAGUUGAAGAACUGAGACCAGACCAACAUGCAGCGGAAACUCCUUUGAAUAGUUCCGUUGACUCCUCUUCGGGUGACCUGGGGGGUGCUGGAACAGAACCAAGGGAACCGACAGAGCCGACUGUUUCCACCCUGUUACGCCAAAAACCAAACUUCACUGUCCUUUCGAUGAAGGAAAGAAUGGACACGCUCCAGGGACCGAAUGCAGUCAACUCUCAGUUCCAGAGUCUACGCGACUUCUGGGGAGGAGCAGCUCCAAGUGAUCCAGACCCUCAGUCUCCAACUGCAGAAAACCAAAUGGCCGAUCUGAAGAGUCCCCCUUUCAAAGUACUGGAGUCAACGGAUGCUCUCCAGCAGAAGAAGCAGGUCCCCACGCAGUUCAUAAAUCCAAAUUUCUAUCCUCAAGUUUCACCGGGUGACAACAGGACGUCCUACAGAAAGCCGCUUUGGGAUGAGCAGAGCUCCACGGACACCCAACCACUUAGGAGGGAGACUGGAGAAAAGGAGCAGCCACUGUCUCCCGUUCAACUGUCCAAGAAUCAGAGGAGCUCAGAGGUGGGAACAGGGUCAACUUCUGUUGAAGGCCAACCUGCAGCUGAAAAUAAAGCCGACGUGAUGCAGUCAUGGAGCAGAAGAGCUGAACAGGUAACGGUCUCUCUUCUGCGCUCACAAGGGACAUCGGAACAGACCUCAGCGGGCGAUGGAGUUCCCUCAAAGUCCGUGUCAAACUCCGAGGACAAAGAGUUUCAUUCUCAGCAAGCUGGAAGAAGAGGUUCGGGAAAUUCAAAUGAAAGAGCGAACGAUCUCCGGCGAGCAACGAGCACGUUCGUCAAAAACCUGGAGGAAGAAGCACAGCAAAGCGUUCCUGGAAGUGCCAAAAAAAGACAUGAUGGAAAUCACAGUGGAAGACGCAGUGGAAGAAAGAUGUCCGGCUCCUCAGAGGAGACCGAGGUCCAGCAACCUCUCGCAAGGUCGAUCAUUUCUCGAGAUUAUCAGCAUUAUCUGGGCAUCGUAGAGCAGGAAGAUGUCGAAACGGUACGUAGAUCAGGGCAGAAGGAAGAGCGGGACAGUGAGCGGAUGCUCCUGGAUUCUGAGAUCUCCGUGAGGCCUCAGAUGCCAGAGACCCCCAAGGCAGAUGAGGGACAAGUCUCUUUGUCUGCUGAUGGCGACUUCGGAACUCCAGUAUCUGACGCCUUGUCUCAGUCUUGGACACGUUCACCUUGGGGCAGCGAUGACCAGAGCCCCGUGAUGACGGCCUUGAGAAGAGCUGCUUCCAGACCAGUAAAAUCUUACAAAAGCCUUGAGGACAUAACUUCGCUUCCCACAGAACGCUCUUCUCGCGCAGCGACGCCCGAUAAAAGUGUUCCAUCUUUCCAAGGCGAAGAAGGAAAGAAAGGUUCCCCGAGAAGUCGUCCUUCGCCGGCCGACGGCCCCCCAGAGCCCGCCGUUCCCACGCGCUCCUUCGAAGACCCUGAUCAGAUCAAGAAGAUGAGCAAGUCUGUGCCCAAUUUCCUCCAGAAAGAGAGCGACGACACUGAGGACGACGGCUCCGCCUCCGGGACCAGCUUAUCCAGCACCAGCCGGAGGACGGGCAGCUCUCUGACUAACCUCAGCCACUCGUCCGGUUUGACGUCCGUCUCCUCUGUGGGCGGCAGCGUGGCGAGCCUCUACAGCGAAGACUUCGACAUCGUCGAAGUUCGAGGGACCAUCCAGUUCUCCGUCAAUUACGUGCAGAAGCUGAAGGAGUUCCACAUCUUCGUGGUGCAGUGCAGGGAGCUGGCGGUGGCCGACACCAAGAGGAACCGUUCCAACCCGUACGUUAAGAGCUACCUGCUGCCCGACAGAUCGAAGGCGGGAAAGAGGAAAACCUCCGUGAAGAGAAAGACGCUGAACCCUGUUUUCAACGAGAUCCUGCGGUACCGCGUUACCAUGGCGACGCUCCAGACUCAGACGCUCAACCUGUCUGUGUGGCACAAUGACCCUUUCCGGCGGAACAGCUUCCUUGGCGAAGUGGAUGUCGAUCUGUCCGCCUGGGACUUCCGAAACACCCACAUGAACGACUUUCCUCUGAAACCAAGGAUCACAUCCAGCCUACAGCCGUCGGACUACAGGGGGGAGAUGAGACUGGCCGUGCGCUUCCUGCCGCAGCUCUCUCACACCAUAAGAACAGCCAACACUGGUGAACUACACAUCUGGGUGAAGGACUGCAAGAACCUGCCCGUCAUCAGGCCCUCCGCAGUGGACUCCUACGUAAAAUGUUUUGUGCUGCCAGACACGAGCAGGAAGAGUCGCCAGAAGACCAGGGUGCUGAAGCGGACGAGCAGCCCCAUAUUCAACCACACCAUGGUGUACGACGGCUUCCGCCCUGACGACCUGCCGGAGGCCUGCAUGGAGCUCACCGUGUGGGACCGCGACCGGCUCACCAGCCACUUCCUGGGAGGCCUGAGGCUGGGCCUGGGCACCGGUAAAAGUUAUGGGGAAGCUGUGGACUGGAUGGACUCGAAUGCAGAAGAAAGGGCAUUAUGGGAACAGAUGAUGGCUUCUCCCAACGAGUGGGUGGAGGGCGCACUGCCCCUGCGAAUGCUGACGAAGGCGAAAAAUGUGUGGAAAUGAACAAAACGUGUGUGUGUGUGUGUGUGUGUGUGUGUGUGUGUGUGUGUUGUUCAUCCAUCCAUCCAUACAUCCAUUUAUUUUCAGUAACCGCUUGUCCUGGUGAGGGUCGCUGUGCUCCGGAACUUAUCCCGGAGUGUUUAUAUUACUUUUAAGUAAGAUGAUGUGCAUUCAUGUAAAACGUAACACAGUAAAAUACAAUAUAUUCUCAUAUAGCGCACUUUGCCGGAAACAGCCUCAGAGCACACAAAAUUUCAGACAUUAAAGCAAUAAUACAUUAAGAUUAUGCUUAGAAAUAAAAUUUAUUGCAGCUCAUUUCUGCUUCACUGAAAAAUUAGCUAUUUUGUUCUGUCAGUUAUAUUUAUGGUAUUUAUGUGCCAUCUAUUGUAGUUUAUUGCUUCCCCAAACAAUCAAGCGCUGUCAUCACGGACUGACAGGGCAAUAUUAACUGCACAGCAUAUUUUUCUUUUUAUAUCUUUGUUAUUAAAAAGAGUUACUGAAAUGAUGCGUUCUAUUAAUUUCUUUUUUUAUGCGGUUUUAAGUUCUCUUCGAGGAACCGGUGGCUCUUAGUAUAAUACUGAGGAAUGGGAGGGGGUCCAGAGCUCUGUGAGAACCUAUACAUCAACCUUAGAUUAUGUGACAGCAAAGAGUUACCUUACUAAAGAAGUAAAAACUGAAGUUUUCAAAUGCUGCGGUGUUUUUUUUUAUUAUAAUAAUUGUUGUACAAGAAGUUCUUU